AUGACCGAUGAACCGCCGCCGCCGAUUGUCAUCGCGGAUCCGGCGCUCCUCGCGCUGCCGCCGCUCGCCGACGGCGAAGUGGUCCGCGACUCCGGCGACCGCGCCUGCGUCAAGCCGGAGGCGCCCUGCCCCGUCAUGUUCGGCGCCAUGCACAAGCUCCUGGGCCACAAGGACGUGCGCGGCCGCGGCUCCCACGUGCCGGCGGUGACGCACUGCGACCCCUUCGUGCUCUGCGACGCGAUCCGCCUGCCCAAGGGCGCGCGGCCGCCGUUCUGCGCGCACCCGCACAGCGGCGUCGGCGUGAUGACGUUGCUGUUCCAGUGCGCGGGCGGCAUGCGGCCCUGGGACAACCUGAACGGCCCGGAGGCGGCGCCGCUCCUGCCCGGCGGCGUCUACCACGUCGACACGGGCGCCGGCUGCGUCCACGACGAGCCCAUGGACCCGCUGGCCGCGUCGCUGCCGACGAUGCGCGCCAACUUCGACGGCGGCGCGCCGGCGCCCGCGGCGUCGCCCGGCGCGCACGCCUGGCUCAUGCAGCUCUGGUACAACGCCAUGGCCAUGGACGGCGCGUCGGACGCGCCGCUCCGGCCGCCGAGCACGCGGGUCCGCGACCCGGCGGACGUCGCCGUCGUCGCGCAGGACGACGGGCUCCGGGCGCGCGUGCUCGCGGGCGCCUACCGCGACGCGGCCGACGGCCUGCGCGCGGCGCACCCGCUGGUCGUGCUCCACGUCGAGGUCGCGAAGGCGGGCACACUCGGCCCCUUGCCCGCGGGCCACAACGGCUUCCUCUGGGUCCUGGACGGCAGGCUCGGCGCCGGCGACGUCGAGCUCGAGUUCGGCGCCGAGGGGCUGUGCCUCCUGCCGCCCGGCGGCACCGCGCUCCGCCUCCGGAACCUCGGGGACGCGCCCGCGCAGGCGCUCGUCGCGCUCGGCGCGCCGCACCGCCGGCCCUACGCCAAGUACGUCGGCUACGGCGGCGGCUUCGUGCAUCGCGACGCCGCGGGCGUCGAGGCGGCCAUGGCCGAGUACGAGCGCGACCCGAGGCACUACGGCCGCGCGGCCGCGGGCGCGACGCGCGCCGUCGACACGUCGCACCUCGACCUCGUCGGCGGCUUCCAGGACAACGGCGGGCCCAUGCUGGAGCGGCCCGACGGCGUCGGGCAGCCCCGCGCUGCGAUGGUGCGCGGCGCCCUCGCACUGGCCCUCUUGGCCGCAGGCACCGCCGCGCCGUGCUUCUUCGAAGUGCUCAUCGACGGCGCGUGCAUCGUGUCGCGCUUCGACGCCGUCGACGGCGCCGACGUCGACGCGGCGGCGAAGGGCCUCGCGGCCCUGCUGCCGCUGGACGCGCUCGCCGGCGGCGGCUGCGGCGGCGACGCGGCCUGCGCGCAGCGCGCCGUGCGCGCGGGCUUCGAGGGCGCGCGCGACGCGUGCCUCGCGCGCGGCGUCGGGAGCCCGUGCCUCGACGUCGUCGACGCUUCCGGCGCGCGCGGCGCCGUCGCGCUCUGCGUCUUCGACGCCGGCGCCGACGUCGCGCCGGCCGAGGCGCUCGUCGCGCCCAUCGCCGCCGCGCGCGGCGGCGUCGAACUCCUCGUCCACGCGCGCGAGCCGUCGAAGGUCGCCGUCGCGUUCGACGGGGCGACCGCGGGCGGCGACCUCGCCGCGGCCGCGGCCGCGUGGGCCGUCGCGCGCGGCCUGCCCGCGGAAGUCGCCCCGGAACUUGCCGCCGCCGCUUCGGACGCCAUCGCCGGCCUGCACGUCAGCUGGAUGGUCGGCGGCCUGCCGCUCGCGCGCGCGCUCCAAGGGCCCGCGGCGCCGUUUGCGGCGCGCGCGGCCGCGUACCUCGGCGUGAGCGAGGCGUCCUUCGGCCACGUCGCCGAGUUCUGGCUCCGGCGCGACGCGCUCUUCCUCGACGCCCUCGCGCGGCGCCUCGGCGGCGCGAAGCUCGCCGUACUCGACGUCGGCUCGGGCACGGGCGCGCUCGGCGCCGUCGUCGCCGCGAUCCUCGACGCGCCGCGCGCGCUCUUCGUCGACGUCGACGAUCCCGACCAGCGGAACCGCGGCGGCGGCGCGGCCGCCGUCGCGACGUACGCGCGGUCCUUCGACGGCUUCGCGGAGCGGCGGCCCGUCGUCUGGUUCGACGGGCGGACCGUGCCCGCGCCGGACGACUCCUACGACGUCGUCUGCUUCACCUACGUGCUCCACCACGCCGCGGGCGCGACGAUCAAGCUCCUCCGCGAGGCGCGGCGCGUGUCGAAACGCUACGUCGUCGUCCUCGAGGACCUCCAGGAGACGGCCGCCGACGCGGAGAACGCGCACGCGCACGAGCCCCUCGGCGCGUUCCGGACGCGCGAGGAGUGGGUCGACCUCUUCGUGCUCCUGGGAUUUUCCGUCGCGGACCACGGGCCCUGCAACGCCGGCGGCCUCGCGGGCUUCCGCCACACGAUGGCGUUCUGGAUCCUGGAGAAGAAGUCAACGGUCGGACUCAGUAUGGAGGGCAGCACAACAACAGCCCCCUACGUGCCCUGGUCCGAGGAGGAGUCGUCGGACGAGGAGCCGCCGGCGACGGAUCUGCCGUCGCGCACUGUGCCCUGGACGCCGUCGGCGUCGGAGACGGCGUCGCGGCCCCAGUCGCGCAUGGACACGGCCAGCACGUCCCGGCCCCAGUCCGAGGCGGCGUCGCGGUCGUCGUCGCGGCCCCAGUCCGUGCUCAGCCAGCUCAGCGACCGGCUGAACCGCAUGGGCGGCGUCAUCUCGCGCGGCACGCCGAGCGGCACGCCGAGCGCGGGUCUGUCGGGCCUCGCGGGCGCGACGCCGCCGACGACGGCGCCCGAGCCGGAGCCGGAGCCGGAGCCGGAGCCGGAACCGAUGAUGAAAAAGAAGCGCACGCCGCGCAAGACGCCGCGCAAGACGCCGCGCCACCGGUCCGUGUCGCCGGAGCCCGACUGGGUCGACGCGCUCGGCACGCUCGAGGACCCGUCGAAGACGCCGCGCGCCUGGGAGGCGGAGCCCGUGAGCGUCGGCGUCGUGCGCAAGCACUAUCGGCUGCGGCGCCAGGGCGAGGAGGCCGCCGCGCGGGCCCGCGUGCGCCGCGACAACGAGCUCAAGGGCAAGUUUCGCCGGUCCGGCGCGCGGGCCGACGGCGCGAUGUCGUCGUCGUCCGACGACGACGACGACGAGGCGUCGAAGCCCGUCGUCGUCGACGACCCGGAGAUCACGAAGCUGUACGGGUUGGCCUACGGCGCGGUGGCGAACGACGCCGGAGCGCGGGACGCGUUGGUCGCGCGCGUCGACGCGGAGCUGCGGAGCGGCGGGCCCGUGCUCCUCGUGGCGCACCCGGACGACAACGACGGCGAGGCUGCGAACUGCCGGCUGGUGCUGCGCACGCUCCACGCGGCGUGCAACCCGACGCUGACGGACCCCAUCCCGCCCGUGCCCUUGGCGCGCGCGGACGGCUCCGUCGCGAUGAGGCUCGACCCGAAGCGGCGGCGCGAGCACGCGUUCCCGCUGCCGAUCCCCGCGCCGGAGGGGCGGGGGCGGCUGUCGGUGUUCCUGCGCGCCUCGUGCCGCACCGAAGCGCGCGAAAUGCGGCUCGUCCUCGCGCUCCUCGCGGGCGUCGGCGCCCUCCAGGGCGCCCCCAAGGCGCUGAAGAACCCCUUGAACGAGUUUCGAAAGAAGCUGGCCCAGUGGAGCCUCGAGGACGCGGCGAUGCGGCGCGAGGUGCAGAAGGAGAUGCGGCGCGAGGAGCUCGUCGGGGAGCCCGACGCCGUGGACGCGUUCCGGCGGCUCCAGAAGUUCUACGCGACGAUCCUCGACGAGGAGGAGUACCGGGCGGCGCGCAUCGUCGAGGGCGGCGGCGGCAUCGUCCGGCCCGCGGAGGCGCCGCCGGACGUCCGGGGCCCGCUCGGCGACUGGGAGCAGCGGAUUUCCGAGCUGCGGCCCGAGGACGUCGUCGCCGGCGCGCGGACGUUGGUCGCCGACGCCGCGGCGGCCGCGCGGCGCGAGUGGUCGCGCGUCGAGACGGCGGAGCGGUCGCGCGGCCGCAUGGCGGACGUCACGGGCGUGCGCCAGCGGCCCCUCGACGCGCCGCCGUCGCUCCUCGGCGACAUCGAGGGCUUCGUCACGGCCCUCUUCGUCGAGGAGCAGGCGCGGACGCGCGACGGCGGCGCCGUGACGACGCGGCCGCGCGACGUGCCCGCGCGGUACCGGGGACCGCUCGCGUCGUUCGAGCGCCGCGUCGAGGCCUACCUCGACGUCGUGCGCAACUACGAGCGGCGCCGCGUCGAGAUCAUCCGCGAGAAGAUCCCGCGGCCCAAGGACGCGGACCCGACGUCCGUCGCGGGCGUCGUCGAGGCGUUCCUCAACGGCCUCGCGCGCGGCCCGCUCCUCGUCCGCGCCGUCGUGCUCCGCGUCACGGAGCUCGUCGAGGCGGCGCUGCUGCCCGUGCUCCCGAACGAGUACGACGCCGACUACGACGACGACGCCGCGUUCGCGCGCGCCACGAAGCGCGGGCCCGGCGGGCCGCGAUAA